CUCAUUCUCACAGCAUUCAUACCUACGUUACUUGUACGGUUAGGUUGUACCUAUCCUCUGGAACUCCAAGCCUUCAACUUCAUCUUCAUUCACUCCUUUCCUUGUGCCUCUAUUUUCCUCCCCAAGGCUGUGCCAUGUUCGCGGCAGUUGCCCGACGACGAGGCUUAUAUAUUGCUCCCAAGACCACCACUGGCACACUCUACCGAGGGAUCUCACCUGUCCCAGGCUUGCAGACAUUCAAUAUGGCGCAACAACAGACGCGGAAGCAGAGCAAUCUGCCAGCAGGGUAUCAAGAGGACCACAGCAAAGGUGCCAUGCUCCGAUUCGAGGAGUCUCUGCCACGGUUACCAGUACCGACGCUCGAGGAGACGGCGAAGCGAUACCUCAAAUCCGUCCACCCGCUCCUGACCCCCACGGAAUAUGAAAACACCAAGAUGGCCGUAGACGCGUUUGUGAAGCCUGGUGCGGUGGGACAUACGCUACAAGAGAGGUUGAAGGCGCGUGCUGCAGACCCCAAGGUCAAGAACUGGCUUUCGGAGUGGUGGAAUAAUGCUGCAUACCUGGGCUAUCGCGACCCCAUUAUCCCCUACGUCUCGUACUUCUACAGCCACCGCGACGACCGGAAACGAAGGGACCCGGCGAAGCGUGCCGCAGCCAUCUCCGUUGCCGCUCUGGAGUUCAAGAAGCAGGUGGACGACGGCACCCUCGAGCCCGAGUACAUGAAGAAGCUUCCCAUGGCCAUGAGCUCGUACAUUUACAUGUUCAAUUGCUGCCGCAGGCCUGCAAAGCCAGCAGACUAUCCGGUCAAGUUCGAUGCUCAGCAGAACCAGCACAUCCUGGUCAUUCGCAAGAACUCCUUCUUCAAGGUCCCACACACCCACAAUGGUCAGGAUCUGAGCGCCAAGGAGCUGGAACACCAGUUUCGACGAGUAUACGAGACUGCUGAAAAGGGUCCCGCGAUUGGUGUGAUGACGACGGAGAAUCGUGAUAAUUGGACUGAUAUGCGCGAGCGUUUGAUCAAGGCCAGUCCCGGCAACAAGGCCGUUCUCGAGGCUAUCGAAGGCGCUGCAUUCGUCGUCUGCCUCGAUGACGCCAAACCCAUCACCUUGCACGAGCGUGCACGCCAGUACUGGCACGGCGAUGGGAGCAACAGGUGGUUCGAUAAGCCCGUGCAAUUCAUCGUCAACGACAAUGGCACUUCGGGAUUCAAUGGCGAGCACAGCAUGAUGGAUGGCACACCGACUCAUCGACUCAACGAUACCAUUAUGCACUGGAUCUUCAAUGACAAGCUGGACUUUGAGAACCCUCAAUUCCGAUCAGACAUUCCCGACCCAGCACCUCUCAAAUUCCAGCUCUCCAGCGAGGUGUACGCCGACGUCGCGACCGCACAGGAACACCACAUCAAUCUCAUGAGCCAACAUGAACUGCGCGUGGAGGCCUUCCAAGGCUAUGGAAAGGGAUUGAUGAAGAAGUUCAAGUGCUCGCCCGACGCGUACGUGCAGAUGAUCAUCCAGCUCGGCUACUACAAGUUCUACGGCAAGAAUCGUCCCACAUACGAGUCCGCAGCCACGAGACGCUUCCAGGAGGGCCGUACGGAGACAUGCAGAUCGGUUUCUGACGAGUCUGUUGCCUUCUGCAACGCCAUGCAGAGCCCCUCGAGCACGAACGAAGAGUGCCGUGAUCUAUUCCGAAAGGCCAUUGCCGCGCAUGGCGAGUACAUCUCGGCCGCAUCUGAUGGAAAGGGCGUCGACAGACAUCUGUUCGGUCUGAAGAAGUUGUUGCAAGAGGGAGAGGAUGUUCCGGAAAUCUUCAAGGACCCUGCAUUUACAUACAGCAGCUCAUGGUUCAUCUCCUCGAGCCAGCUGUCUUCGGAGUAUUACAAUGGGUAUGGAUGGAGUCAAGUCAUUGACGAUGGUUGGGGAAUGGCAUACAUGAUCAACGAGAACAGCGUCCAGUUCAACAUUGUCAGCAAGAGCCUCGGCGCCGAGCGCAUGGCGUUCUUCCUCAAUGAGGCUGCGCAGGACAUCCGGGCGAUCUUGGAGAGUGAGGGAACCAGCGCCAAGGCGAGGUUGUAGAUGAUGAUUCAAGAGGAAGAGAAAGCAAGUGAGCGAGGGUAUUGUCAUACUGUACAGCAAGCAGCAUUCGAUGUGAUGCGGACCACGAGAGCGUGGUUGGAUAAAGAAAUCUCCUCCAGAGGCGACCAUGUGUCUCUGUGAUGCACGUCAGCUCGAGAGUAGACUAGACCUGAUGCCCCGUGAGGCACAUGUUAUAGUAUAGGUAGGCUAGCUGGCCGGGGAGAAAAAAAGGCUUGAUUGUCUUUCUGUCUGUCUGUCUGUAGGUUAGCCGCCCGCCUCCUUUUCCCAUUCUUCGGACAAGACACUAUUUCCCUUGUUACCUCAGGUAUAUAAC